UUCUUCAUUAAAGUGAUUUCUAAAUAUCAUGUAUUAUUGCUUUCCCACAACUGGCUGCAGACAGCGAAAGGCAGUUGGAGUUGAGACGUUGUGGGUUUAAGCACUCAACUCCUAGCCCUUAACUGAUUCUCCUUAGUUGCUGGCAAGUUUUUCAUCAGAUUUUGCCUGACUGAUGGAAUAUCUCCAACACAUUUGGGUCCUAUGAUCACAGUCAUUAUCCUUUAUGACUUGACGACGAAAGCAAGGAGUGGUAGCAGAGGGCGAACCAUAUUCGACUAUCUGCUGUGUUCACCAUGGGGAAUCAAACACUGCAUCUAGUGUGAAACUAUACUAUUGAAAGUCACACGAAGAAAUAUCGACUAGGGCCUUUGGGAGAUAUUCUUUUUGGUGUCAUAGAAAGACGUAUAAUUCAAGGUCGUAGGAAAUAUAUCGUUGAGGGUAAUAAGGACAUAUGUUACCGAGGAUAACAUAAGAAGUUCUUGAAGAAAAGAAUGGGUUCUUGCUGGUUAAUUUCUAUACUCUGCUCCGUUAGUCUUACUGGAGUACAUUCACACAUAAUAGAUAAGGGUUCAAGUCAUGAAGUUUCAACGAAUCCUGGGAUAACAAGUGAUAUAGAAUCUAGAAGUAUAUGUGAUCUUCAUUUUUUUCCUUGCAAUGUUAGUCACGUGUGUGUGGAACAGCGAAUGAACUGUGAUGGAAAAAGUGAUUGCCCUGAUGGAUCAGACGAGUGGAAUUGCAAAGACAAUGCGAGAAGCCAACUUUGGAAUGAAAUGUUCGUUAAAAGGCCUGAUGCCGAUCGAGAAAGUAAAAUAACCGAAUGUGAACUGGAGAAGAUAUCAAGUUGCCGCUGUUCCGGUAAACAUGUUUACUGUGAACAUCAAGAUAUUCAUGUGGUACCCACACUUUCACGCGAAGUAACAGUGUUAGAUCUUUCUGGAAACCACUUUCCUUCGCUAGAGCCAUCAGACUUUUUUGAACUACCGAAACUUGUAUCUCUGAUCUUGGUGACAUCAGAUAUUGCUGUAAUUGAAACCGAUGUUUUUAGAUUUCUUCCAGUGUUACGUCAUGUACAUCUUUCAGGAAAUAAUAUUUUAGAACUCUUGCCAGACACUUUCAUUUCCAGUUCUAAUCUUAUUACACUUGAACUUUCCCACAACCCACUUCAAAACAUUUCAUCUGGAGCUUUCCGGGGCUUGUCGAGCUUGGAACAUUUGGACCUCAGGCAUUGUAAGCUGACAUCUUUUUCGCCCGGAAUUUUUGAUCCCUUGUUCUCAUUAGAAAAACUAUGGCUAGAUGGGAAUGAACUCUCUAAACUUGAGCCGCACGUGUUUAACAAGCUUCACUAUCUAACAAUAUUAUCUCUAUCGUGGAACAAAAUUCACACAUUAAUAUCCACAGUGUUUCAAGGACUUUCAAACCUUCGGUUUUUGAAUCUAGCAGAAAACAAGAUCAAACUUUUGAAAAAUACAUCACUGGGCAAGUUACCAGCUCUCCUUCAUCUCGAUCUUGCACAUAACAACAUGGAGGUGAUUGAAGAAGAAGCAUUUUCUGGACUUGCAGAUCUCGAAUCAAUAACUCUGAAUGGAAAUUCACUUCGACAUUUAUCUUCAAAAACAUUCAAGAAUCUUGAAAAUCUAACGCACAUAUAUUUUGACGAAUUCUACAUGUGUUCACUAGCUGUAAAGGUCCGAGUGUGCGAACCACAUGAUGACGGCAUCAGCAGUGUAGCCCAUCUCCUUGACAACGUUAUUCUCCGUGUGUCCGUAUGGAUGAUAGCUUUCUUAGCUUGCUUUGGAAACAUUUUUGUUUUGAUAUGUCGAGCACUGUUACGUGAACAAAAUGAAGCCCAUUCUUUUUAUAUCGUGAAUUUGUCUGUUGCAGACUUUUUAAUGGGUGUGUACUUAUUUAUCAUCGCUGGACAUGACGUCACAUACCGCGGCCACUACAUCAGGUUUGAUGCGCAAUGGCGACACAGUUGGAAAUGCAACAUAUGUGGCUUUCUAAGCACCCUUAGCAGCGAGGCAUCAGUCCUAAUUUUGACCAUUAUUACCACAGAUCGAUACAUUUCCAUAUUGUACCCUGUUUCAGUUGUUGAAAAUCGUCGUACAAUUAAGUCUGCUGCUGCAUACAUGUUCGCUGUCUGGUCCGUAGCGGUAUUGAUGUCAGCUCUACCUUUAUCUAAUAUCCCCUACUACGGCCUGGAAUUCUAUGGAAACAAUGGAGUCUGUUUGCCGCUACAUAUUCACAAACCUUUUUCUCAGGCUUGGGAGUACUCGACCUUUCUCUUUUGUGGACUGAACACAUUAGCCUUCGUCUUCAUCGCGUACGCUUACGUCACAAUGUUCUUCACCAUCUCUGCCUCCAAAAUUGGAUUACGCUCUACUCAACAGCAGCAAGACAAAACAAUAGCCAAGAGGUUUGCUUUUAUCGUAGGCACGGAUUUUGUAUGUUGGAUUCCCGUUGUUGUCAUUAAACUCGCUGCCCUAUCAGGAAUACAAAUAGAUAAAAAUCUUUAUGCCUGGGUAGCUGUAUUUCUUUUGCCUGUCAAUUCUGCUCUUAAUCCUAUUCUCUACACCCUGACAACGAAAAUAUUCAAGCAACGUCUUUCAAGGUUUCUACACAGCUUUCAGUCAUCCCGGUUAUUUGGCACAAACGUUGAUAACUCUGGGAUCACUGCAUCUUCCCUAUUGCGUUCGAGAAGUCCUAAACAUAUCAUGUUAGCUGUCUACUCAGAGAAUGAUCAUUGCUAUAACAGCAAAUCCUCAGUCACUUCAGCCUCUCGGCGUCAUAGCACUGAAGAAAGACAUCCUCCUGCGUCUUCCAAGGUCAGAAGAGAAUGCUUGCAAGCUGUUGAUAAGGUGUAGAUACACCAGCAUAAAGGAAUCACAUCUGUACAUUUUGUAGAUUCUCAGAAGUGUGAGAAUGUCAUACUCUUUAUCUGUUUUAGAAGUUUCAAAAUUAGAUGUAUCGGCGCUCGAAUCAUCUUUAUCAUCUUUACAUUCAAUGUCGUCUAUGUUUUUCAAAGAAAUAUAAGUGAAAUUCAAUGAGAUUAUUUAUAACAAGUCAUUAUUAAUAAGACAUAGCCAUGAAUUCUUAGAGUGUAAUUUUGAGUGAAUUAUGACAUAGAACUACAUUUUACUUAGUUCACAAUAAUAAUUACUACUUUGUUAGUAGUCUUCUUCUAGACUCAAUUAAAUAAUUAACUUUAAAAGACGAGUCAGCAGCUGAAAUAAUCUGAUUAAUAAAUAGUCUUAUUCUUCUGGAUAGCAAAACCAGCUUUAAAUUAAGACAACGUUUAUUAGGCCAUUAAAAAACUAAAAGGACAGUUACGUCACUCUCACAGGACAUUUUUGAAUAGGAUUAGCAUUAUGACUUUAUAACACUUCAUAAAGGUUGAGGCAUAAAAUAGACAUUUAUAUCAGCUUUUUAAAAAAUGCCAAAAUAGCUGUUAUGGUUUUGAAAAUAUCUUAAUUGCAUUUCCAACUAUAUGCUGCGGAUAAACCAACACUAUACAUGCUUACUGGUACAAAAUAAUAGUACAGUUUAAAAAUUGCAGUUUAUAGACAUAACUUAACUACUGAAAGGUGUUCUAAACCUGAGGAUGUUUUAAUAAAAACACAACUUUUCUCCUUGCCACUCAAUGGGUGUAAAGCUCUCAGAAAUGAAGUGUGGCUCUAAAAACAGUUUAAUUUUACGAGAUUUACAUCUUCCUUAGUAUAAUAAACUUGUCAGUAUUAAUGUGUAACAGUGUAUCUAUAAACGCAAGUUGUGAUUCAUGUUGAGGUUCAACAGUAAAGAUGACGUUUUGUACCGGGGAACUAAACAAACAGAGCUCUGAAAAAAGAAUCUUAUGAAACUAAUUACAAUACUGUAAUGACGUUUCUACGAAACAACAGUUAAAGGAAUUACCUUGUCUCGUAGGAACGUAUAAAACAUUAUCGAAAAAUGAAUUGCUCUAAAUUCGUUAAGUACAUCGUCCAUGUUAUACGAUUUUAAACUCCCAUGUUUAAGGAAUUUGUGUUUGAUCCUCUUUCUGAUUUCAAAAGUGAACACUUAGUUGUACAGUCUUAUCAAACGGACGUCUGCUAUAUGUUCAAUCUAUAUCCAAUAGAAAUUAAAUGGAGAAGAUGUUUGAUCACAGACAAAGGAUGGCGGAAAUAUUACGUGACCAAGCAUCUAGUCAAUGAGUUGCUGUAGUUUUGUCACUAUUAGGUUCUUACUUCUGAGACUCACCACAUCUAAUGAUUGUAUGAUCAAAUACUAACUAGUUUACCAAGGCAAGUAGAAUUGCUGUAUUUAUUAAUAUUCAAAAGUUUUCCAGUAUUAAAGUUCGAAUUAUUUGUGUGUGUAUGAGUAUAUGAAAAUAAUAAGUUAUUUCUAUGUAACUAGUUAUAGGUUAGCUAUUUAAGAAGAACCGUAUAUAAAGAACAUAUUCUGUCAAACUUGAACUUCAUAUUUAUCACAUAUUCUUUCUACUUCCAGUUUUCAUAGAUGUAACGUAUGUUAAACCAAUAUAUAUAAUUCUACAUCAUUAUUAUGAUGUGUUGCUAGGUUACACAUUUUGUUAUAGUAGAAUGGGUGGUAUGUUUUGUUUUAUCACACAACUACACAAUGAGCCAUAUGAUCGCUUUUUCACCGCAUGGAAUCGACCCCGGAUUUUAGCGAUGUAAAUCUGUGAACUUACAGCUGAGCUCGUCGCGGGUUAGAAAAUUUCUAGUUUUUUAUUUCAUUUCAUUUUUAUUUCAUUGACGCUCCCUUUA